AUGUCUCUCACAUCCUUGGAGAAGAAUAACAGCGGGAAGGCCCGAUUCCGCGGCUGCUCCAACAUCCGUGAUUAUGAGUUCCUCGGUAAACUUGGAGAAGGCACAUUCGGAGAAGUAUACAAAGCAAGGUCGAAGAGGGACAAUUCGGUGGUGGCAUUGAAGAAAAUUCUUAUGCAUCAUGAAAAGGAGGGAUUUCCCAUCACUGCCGUCCGAGAGAUCAAAAUCCUGAAAAUGCUUUCUCACCCAAACGUCCUAGUUCUCAAGGAGAUGGCAGUAGAACGGAGCAAGGGUGAUGGACUAAAAAAGCCAAGCAUGUAUAUGUCAACACCAUACAUGGAGCAUGAUUUAGCCGGGCUCUUGGAGAAUCCGGCAGUUCAAUUUACAGAGCCUCAGAUCAAGUGUUAUUUGAUGCAGCUUUUGGAAGGGCUUCGUUAUUUGCAUGGGAAUCGGAUCCUUCACCGUGACAUGAAAGCUGCCAACUUGCUCAUUAGUAACGGAGGGAUCCUACAGAUUGCCGAUUUUGGCCUGGCACGACCCUUUGAUGAACCGCCCCCGCAACCUGGCAAAGGGGGAGGAGAAGCAAGGCCAAUUGACAUGUGGGGUGUUGGUUGUGUCUUUGGCGAAAUGUUCAAGGGCAAGCCUAUCUUGUCUGGGACCAGUGACUUGAAUCAAGCACAUCUCAUAUUCGGGCUCGUGGGAACCCCGGACGAAGAGAACAUGCCUGGUUGCAGUACUUUGCCGGGCUGUGAAGGAGUGAAGAACUUCGGGUAUCGACGUGGAAAUCUCGCCGAGGUUUUCAAAGACCAGAGCCCUACUGCUAUUUCGUUACUUACCGAGCUGCUCAAACUUGACUGGCGAAAGCGAAUAAACGCCAUUGAUGCGCUGAAACAUCCCUAUUUUGCCACCCCACCCCUCCCGGCAAGGCCAGGGGAGAUUCCAUAUAUGCAAGACUCACAUGAACUGGACCGAAAAAGGCUACGUGGUCAACGAGCGCCUUUGCCCCCUGCUCCACCAGGCGGUUCUGUUGAUGCACCCUCUAAUGGGGGCUGGAGCAGUUCUGGCCCGCGCUCACAUUCUGCAAUGAACCGGAUACCCAAUGGGGCUAGGGGUAGCCGAUCUAACGCACCUGGUGCUUCCAAUAACUAUCGCCGGGGCCUUCACCCUACAAAUCGUGAUUCUGGACUUCCUCCGCGGCCCCCUAUCUCUACUCAUCAGAAUUGGGAAGAAGACCAACGGCGCGAUCGGUACAACCAGGGGCGUCAAAAUGAUAGACAUCCAAAGAAUUCGGUUGAUUCAUACAUUCCCAGAUAUGGUGGUCCGCAGCAAGACCGUCCCGGGGAUUUGGCAGAGCAUAACGUGCAACAAAACCCAGAUUGGCGCGGAGCGAACAGGCGUGACUAUCGACGUGACCAGCCACCGCGGCGAAGAAGCCGGAGUCCAGGUUUUAGGGACACGAGCAGGGGCUAA